GUCAUCUUUCUUUCUCUCCUCUCCCAAUAGAUAUAUUCAUCAUAUACCACAAGUUAACUAAAUUAUUAACAUGGGUAAGAAGAGUGGAUUUGCAAGCAUUUUGAUCCUUGUCUUGUGUUCUAUUGUCCCUUGUUUGGCCACAGUCUACACUGUUGGGGACUCCAAUGGAUGGGGUCUUGGUGUUGAUUACACCACUUGGACUAGUGACAAAACCUUCAAUGUCGGCGACAGCCUCGUGUUCACAUAUGGAGGUAGCCAUUCGGUAGAUGAAGUGAAGAAAAGCGAUUAUAGUAGUUGCUCGGCCGCAAACGCAAUUACAAGCGAUGGAUCGGGAUCCACUACAAUCGAACUGAAGAAGACCGGAACACAUUACUUUAUUUGCGGCGUUUCUAGCCAUUGCAGUGGGGGUAUGAAACUAUCUGUUGACGUGAAUGAUGCUUCAUCCACCGGUAAUACAACUCCUCCUUCAACUACCACUUCCCCCGCUCCGCCAACCGACGACGAUGGAACUACGACGACAACGCCCACACCCUCUACUAAGGUUCCUAAUUCGUCUUCAUCAGGGAGUUUGUUGGCGAAUCCCAUUGUUGGUGCGGUUGUUGGUUUGGUGAUUGGGUGGACUCAACUUUUGAGCCGUUAAUCAAAUUGAGAUGUGUGUCAGGAUAGAGGCAGUGCUUAAUUAUGGUUUAUUAAUUGAUCAUGAUCAUCUUCUUCUUGUUCUUGUUGUUUUUAUUAAUUGAUCAUGAUCAUGUUAUUGUUAUUGUUGUUUUUUUCACUGGUUUGGUUAAUUUGUAGUAAUCAAUAUAAUUAAUGAUCAUCAGUUUUCAUUAAUUAUUUAA